AUGAAUUUUGAAGAUUAUUAAUAUCUCUUUAAAUUUGUAUUGAUUGGAGAUACAGGUUACACAUAUUUAUUAUUCUUAGGAGUUGGAAAAUCUUGCUUCUUGUCUUAAUAUGUUAAAGGUAAAUUCAUAUAGGAAUAUGAUCCUACAAUUGGAUUGGAAUUUGAAAGUAAAUCUAUUGAAUUUAAUGAUGGCAUUGUUGUUCAAAAUUAAUUAUGGGAUACUGUAAUUUUAACUAUUUUAAUUAGUCUGGAAGCUCUUAAUUUAUGGCAAUAUAGAAAACUUUUUGUUAAAAGUAAUCAAUAUUCUUUAUAUACACAAUCUAGUGCUGCUGCUGCUAUCGUUUUUUACAAAAUAGAUAAUCAAAAUUCAUUUAAAUCAUUAGAAAAUUGGUUAAGUAUUCUUAAAUAAGUAUCAUCUGAUAUGAUUUAAAUUGUUAUUGUUGCAACACAUUAAGAUCUAGAAACUUAAAGGUAUUAGGUUAUUUUUUAAUUUAGAUAAGUACAAACAUAAUAGGGAAGAAAUCUUGCUGAUUCUUUAAAUGCUAAAUUUUAUGAAAUUUCAAAUCAUGACAAAGAUCAAAUUGAUGGAAUUGUUAAUUCACUAUCUUAUAAUGUAUUACGCUUAAUCAAUUCUAAUAAAAUCAAUCCAUUAAAUACAGUAUCCCUAUUUAUCAUAAAUAGCAAUAUGGAAUUAAAAUGAGUAGAUAAUAAGAAUAAUAAUAUGCAUCUCAAUUAGAUAAUUCUGAAGAGAAUAUAAUUUAGUAACAGUCUUCUCCAAAAAGAAGAGGUUCAGAUAUCAAAAUCGAAUAAAAUACAUUCUCUCCCAAUAAAAUUACAACAGCUUCUCCUUCACGAUCAUAGCAUGAAAAUGAAUAAACGGAAUAAAAUUAAUAAUAAACUAAACCAAAAUUCCAAUUAUUAUUUAUUCUGCUACCAAUAAUAAUUGCAUAUGGGUUGUAUUAAAUAUUAUUAUGA